CCCAUAACUUUUGCAGCUAUGGGCAAUUGCCCAAUGGCCCUACCCCUGGCUACGCCACUGGAUACGUUAGUAGCACAACCACCGAGUAAUACUAAUGAACUUUCAGCUAUUUGACCAUUUUUUUAUUCCUAUUACGGUAUUGGUUAAACUUUGAAUAGACGUCUAUGAUUUUAUUUUUUCCAAAAGAACAAAAUCUAUUUACCAGGUCCACCAGUAAUAACACAAACACCAAUUUGAUCACUUAGACGAGAAACGGCAUCAGGUUAAAUCACAAACAAAAGCUGUUUUUUUUUCAAUCUUAUAUAAAGAAAGUUUUACCAGCAAAGGCAGCAAUUACUUCAUGACGAGUAUUAAUUAUACGUAUAUUAUGUUUUUUCACAAGCAACUAAUAUUGCUCAUAUAUGACCAACAGAUAAACAGAAUAGAUAAGGAAUUCUAUGAGCCUUAAUGAAAAACGAAAUUUUUAUUAUUACUAUAAAUAAAUAUCAAUCACUUAUCUACUUUAAGGACACCAACAACAAGUUCAUCACCAUAUGCUGUUGGUUGGUGA